UUUUAAACUAAUUGUUGAUUUUUAUACAAAUUUUAUUAAUUUAUUUAUUUACUAAUAAUUGUCGAAAAUGUCUGUUAAAAGUCUAGUCUUAAUUGUGAUUCAAAUUGUUUUUGUUGUUAACUAUAUUUGUUGUCAAAAGUUGUCCGAUAAUAGUGUCCAACAAAAAGAUGGUUCAUCUGAUGAUACUAAUAGAGACUUAAAACAUGUGGAUGUAGUCAAACCAGAAGCCAAUCGCGUCAACCCAUCGACUGAAUCGCAACUUUCGGCCGAUGAGUCGCAUGUCUUACCAUCUAAUGGAACCAUUAUAUCAAAUACAACGGUCUUUAAUAACGAAACGAUGACAUCGCCGACACCAUCGACGGUAUCUCAGGACUCAAUUUUGCCGCAAAAAGGCGCCGCAGAAGAGGAGAAGCACUCUUCAAUGGCUAUAUUCUUUGUGCUGUCUGUUAUUGCUUCGUGUAUAAUAUUAAUACAUUUGAUAAUUCAAACCAAAUUUCAAUACAUUCCCGAAUCACUCGCUGUUGUAUUUCUUGGAGCAGCCAUUGGUUUAGUCAUGAAAUUGAUAUCAAAUCAGCAUUUGGGAGACUGGAAGAAAGAAGAAACAUUAAACCCAACAAUGUUUUUCUUAGUUUUGUUGCCACCCAUUAUCUAUGAGUCGGGAUAUAAUCUACACAAAGGAAAUUUUUUUCAAAAUAUUGGUUCAAUUCUUGUGUUUGCCAUAAUUGGCACAUCCAUAUCGGCCUUUGUUAUCGGUGGUGGUGUCUAUAUAUUAGGUUUGGCUGAUGUCGCUUAUAAAAUGACUUUUACUGAAAGUUUUGCUUUCGGAUCUUUAAUAUCUGCCGUGGAUCCGGUGGCAACACUGGCCAUAUUUCAUGCCUUAGAUUUGGAUCCCAUACUAAAUAUGUUAGUUUUUGGUGAAAGUAUUUUAAACGAUGCGGUCUCUAUAGUGUUGGCUACGACUGCACUCGAACUUUCACAAACAGUAUCAUCGGUUUCUGGACCCACAGCUGUUAUAAAUGGUUUUGUAAGGUUUGGUAUUGUAUUUUUUGGAUCCGCCGGAAUUGGUGCAGCUUUUGCUUUAAUUGCAGCUUUGGUAUUUAAAUAUAUUGAUUUACGAAAACACCCGUCCCUUGAGUUUGGAAUGAUGUUAGUCAUGAUAUACGCGCCGUACGGUUUGGCUGAGGGCUUGCAUUUGUCUGGAAUUAUGGCCAUUCUGUUCAAUGGUGUAGUUAUGUCUCAUUACACACAUUUUAACUUAUCUCCAGUAACUCAGAUAACAAUGCAACAAACACUUAGAACAUUGGCUUUUAUUGCAGAAACGUGUGUCUUUGCAUAUCUUGGUUUAGCAAUAUUUAGUUUUAAAAUGAAAAUAGAAAUUGAAUUAAUAAUAUGGAGUAUAAUAUUGUGUUUGUUUGGACGGGCGUUAAACAUAUAUCCCCUUUCAUAUGCUGUUAAUUAUUUUCGUGAACACAAGAUCUCCAAGAAGAUGAUGUUUGUUAUGUGGUUUAGUGGUCUUCGCGGUGCAAUUGCUUAUGCUUUGGCUCUUCAUCUUGAAUUUGAAGAAGAAAAGAGAAGAGUUGUCGUUACGACAACACUUAUUAUAGUGUUAUUUACUAUUAUAGUUAUGGGAACUACUUCUAUGCCUUUACUCAAAUAUAUGAAUUCAGCGAAAAAAGGUAGAGGAAAAAGACGUGGAUCCAAACGAUCAUCAAAACGAGCACUUAGUUUAAGUAAAACUAAAGAAAUGGGUCAAGCUAUUGAUGCGGAACAUCUAUCAGAACUAACAGAAGAAGAGUAUUCUUCGGGUGUAAACUUCUUGAAUACUUCUAAUAUCACUGGUUUUGUUAAAUUUGAUGUCAAAUAUUUGAUGCCAUUUUUUACUCGAAGAUUUACAGAACAAGAAGUGAAAGAUUGUAAGUCACAAAUGACUGAUCUGACCAAUAGAUGGUAUCAAACAGUGAGACGUCCUUCAGAUACUGAAGAGUCAGAGGAAUUCAAUAUUGAAAGUCCGGAACUGUUUAAGGCAUGAGCAAUGAAACCGCUUAUCUAUUA